GGCAGACAAAUAGCACACAAUCAACCGUCGUCUCCUUCCUCGCCUUCAUAGGCUUCUCCAAAUUCCAAAUCGUUGCUAGAGAAACCACCAAACCGGCCGGCAGCCCGGCACCUCUCACUCAGUCUCUCACCCCUUGCCACCACUCUCCCGUGGCGCCUUCUAGAAGCUUCCGGAACCAGACAACCACUGUGCGCCGAGUUUUCUGAAGGCGGCUUUGGUCUUUCGAGAUCUCGUUGUCGGUGCCAUGGCGGGUCAGUACUGAGUGCGCGGGCGGGAGCAGGUGAAGGUCUGCCAGCUCGAGAUCCCGAUGCAGAUCCGGGAGGGCCCGGCGCGGCGGCAGGCGCCGUCGGCCGCGGGGGCGCUGCGGUCGCCGUUGUCCGCCAUGAUGCUCGCCAUGUUCGCUACCAUGGCCUCCUUCUACGUCGCCGGACGAUUGUGGCAGGAUGCUCAGAACCGAGUCUACCUCAUUAAGGAGCUAGACAGACGAACAGGCCAGGGACAAUCAGCAAUAUCUGUGGAUGAUACCUUGAAGGUUGUUGCAUGCAGGCAGCAAGGGAAGCGGUUGGCAUCGCUUGAGAUGGAGCUGGCUGCAGCAAAGCAUGAAGGUUUUGUUGGCAAAUAUACUCCCGAGACAAAUGGAACUCAUUCUGGGAAAAAGCCACUGGUUGUUAUUGGAAUAAUGACUAGCUUUGGGAGGAAAAACUACCGUGAUGCUGUCAGGAAAUCAUGGCUUCCGACAGGUUCAAUGUUGAAGAAACUAGAAGAAGAAAAAGGCAUUGUAGUACGUUUUGUUGUUGGAAGAAGUGCAAAUCGAGGAGAUACUUUUGAUAGGGAGAUCGAUGACGAAAAUAGGAGCACCAAGGAUUUCUUGAUAUUGGAUGAUCAUAUAGAGUCAGAUGAAGAGCUUCCUAAGAAGACAAAAAGUUUCUUUGCUAAUGCAGCAAAUACAUUCGAUGCUGCAUUUUAUGCUAAGGUCAAUGAUGAUAUAUACAUAAACGUUGACACUUUAAGUGCAAUGCUCGAAACUCACUGGGACAAGCCCCGUGUAUAUAUAGGUUGCAUGAAAUCGGGCGAGGUUUUCUCUGACUCAACCCACAAGUGGUAUGAACCAGACUGGUGGAAAUUUGGUGAUGGGAAAUCGUACUUCCGGCACGCUUCUAGUGAAAUGUUUGUCAUAUCAAGGGCCAUUGCUCAGUUCAUUUCUAUAAACAAGUCUGUUCUCCGGACAUAUGCCCAUGAUGAUGUUAGUGUAGGAUCGUGGAUGAUUGGCCUUGCUGUGAAGCAUGUAAAUGAAGCAAAGCUGUGCUGUUCAUCGUGGCCCUCAGGUGCAAUGUGUUCAGCGCUAUAACGAGCAACAAUGCAUGCUGAGGAGUUUUGCAAACAUCGUGCCUGGUGGAUAAUACAUGCAAUAUGAGGUCGAAUACCUGAGGAAAUUUUGUUUUCUUCUGCCAUUUUCUGUAACGUCUUUUGGAGGAAGCUUUUGCGAGCCAGUUCAUACCGAAUCAGAUAUCUUGUUUUUUUUCUUUGCAAGGCCACUACACUAGAAUCGUGGCUUCUAACAAAAAGCCUUCUGCAGAUUUUAUCCUGUUCCGUGUGCCAUUUGUAGAUGCCCCACCCUUACCAUUCUUUUUCUGACAGACACUACCAUUGUUGGAGUGACAGAAAUCAAUAGCAAUUCAGGAAAUUAUUUUGGUCC